AUGGCUACCCCCAGUGUCCUCACCUUUGACGCUGAGGGCAGAGCCAUCGACUUUGACGUGUGGGUAGACGACCUACUGCUUUUCCUACAGUGCGACAGAGCUGACGGCCUCUCUCUAUUUGAUCUCACUUCUGAUGCCUCUCCCGCCCCUGCUGCUACUGAGGAUGCCACUGUGCGCUCACAGUGGGCCACACACGAUGCUGCUGCACGUCUUGCUGUGCGUCGCCACCUCCCUCCCGCUGAGCGUGCGCACUUUGGGUCAUACAAGAGUGCUCAGACCUUGUACGACACCGUUAUUGCACGCUACUCCACCCCUGCCACUGCUGCACUGAGCCGCCUCAUGCUAUCGUACCUCUUUCCCGACCUUGCUGCUUUUGCCACAGUAGCCGACCUCAUUACCCACCUGCGCACUAGUGACGCUCGCUUCCGCGCUGCACUUCCUGCUGAGUUCUGCGCCAAGAACCCCCCCCCCAGUGUUCCCCCUCCCCCCUCCUACCCUCUGUCGCCUCUGCUGCUACUGCCGACCUUGUUGGCUUUGAGUCGGUCGGUGCGGCGUCUGCCCCCAGCGGGAGACGUCGCUCUGGCAAGAGCAAGGGGGGCAGGGGCGGUGGUGGAGGCGGCGAGGGCGGUGGAGGCGGCGGUAGAGGCAGCGGAGGAGGUGAGGGUGGUAGCGGGAGUGGUGGCGGGAGUGGAGGUGUCGGCGGAGGCAGUGGAGGCGGGGGCGGCAGCGGCGGUGGUAGUGGGGGUGGAGGCGGAGGCGGCGGUGGCGGCGGCGACGGUGGGAGUGGCGGUGGUCGUGGCUCGUCGAGGAGGAGUGGCUCCGGUGGUGCGGGGUGGGGGUGCUGGUCCGUGCACUUACGUCCUGCGCACUGGCGACCGUGCGGGUGAGCAGUAUGGUGGUCCACACUCCACCCAGCGUUGCUUCGGCCGCCUGACUGACGCUUGGCGCCGCCAGUUUCCUGACGCCUCUGAGAUCCCUCGCUGGGACCAGCUGUCUAGGGCGGGAGUAGCUAUCUUUGAUCUUGACUUUGAUGCUAUUCUUGCUGCCAUGUAUGCUGUGACUAUUAGUGAGGAGGGUGACUGUUACCGGUGUUUCCCGCCCGACCCAGGCAUUGGUACUGCGGCUCUAGGUGCUGUUGAGGCUGCUGCUCCAGGUGCUGGUGAGGCUGUUGCUCUAGGUGCCAGUGAGUCUGAGUCCUCAUGUGAUGGUGAGUCUGCUCUCUCAGGUACUAUGUCGGCUCCGCCCUCUCUCACUUUCACUCUUGACUCUGGGGCGUCUCGCUCCUUCUUUCGAGACCGCACCACACUCACGCCGCUUAGUCGGCCAGUGGCGGUCUCCCUGGCAGACCCCUCUGGGGGUCCUAAUCUGGCUCGCUACUCCACUGUCCUGCCGUGCCCUGCGGUCCCGUCUGGCGCCCAAUCCGGUCUCUACCUCCCCUCGUUCUCUACGAACUUGGUGGCGGGUGCUGACCUACAGGAUGCAGGGGUUGACCAGUUCACCCCUGCGCGCCGACGGGUCACCCACUGCACGGACGCGGACACGGGUCGACACCUGACCACGUUCACACGUGGUCCGGGGUCGAGCAUGUACACACUCACUGUUCCGUCUCCUCCUCCUGCGUCUGGUCCGGUAGCUGCGUCGGGUCAGGUGUUUGCUGCAGCGUCCAGGAUGGGUCACCCCUCCCUGCCUCGUCUCCGGGGCAUGGUCUCUCGCCUUCUCGUCUCUGGCAUUCCCCGGUCCCUCCCUCCCCUUCCUCCGGGGCCUGGCCAUCCCUGUGUCCCCUGUGUCGAGGGUCGCCUGCGGGCUACCCCUCACUCCUCCCCGUUUCCUCCGACGGAGGCCCCGAUGCAGACACUUCACAUGGACGUGUGGGGCCCAGCCCGUGUCCGUGGACAGGGUCACGAGCGCUACUUCCUGCUGGUGGUUGACGACUACUCGCGUUACACCACAGUCUUCCCCUUGCACAGCAAGGGUGAGGUCACUGAGGUGUUGAUCGACUGGAUCCGCGCAGCUCGUCUCCAGCUCAGGCGGAGCUUCGGCUCGGACUUUCCUGUUUUGCGUCUGCACUCGGACAAAGGCGGAGAGUUCUGCUCCGGCCUUCUGGGAGCCUACUGUCGGGCACGAGGCAUCCGCCAGACCUUCACGCUUCCGGACUCUCCACAGCAGAAUGGGAUUGCUGAGCGCCGCAUCGGCAUUGUCAUGGACGUCGCCCGUACGUCCAUGGUGCAUGCGGCUGCCCCCCCAUUUUCUGUGGCCGUUUGCGGUUCCGUUGGCGAUGCGUCGGCGUUCCGUGUCUGGGGAUCUCGGGCGUUUGUCCGCGACUUGUCUGCGGACAAGCUGUCCCCUCGUGCUGCUCCCUGUGUCUUCCUUGGCUUCCCCACAGACGCUCCCGGGUGGCAGUUUUACCACCCCUCCUCUCGUCGGGGUCUGUCCUCCCAGGACGUCACGUUCGACGAGUCAGUCCCCUUCUACCGCCUCUUCCCCUACUGCACUCCUUCCCUCCCCCCUCCGCCGGACCUCCUUGUGCCAGUCCCCCCCCCGUUAUACCCCCUCCCCCCUCAGGUUCCUGCCCCCUCAGGUGUGUCCCAGGUAGACGCAGUUGACCUGGUCGAGGUUACUGGUGACUCUGGUGCUGCUGCGGGUGCUGAGCCUGGGGGUGCUGACUCUGGGGGUGCUGUGCGCGGGGGUGCCGAGCCUGGAGGUGCUGCUACUGGGGGUGCUGAGCCUGGGGGUGCUGGGCCUGGGGGUGCUGAGCCUGGAGGUGCUGCUACUGGGGAUGCUGAGCCGGAGGAUACUGUGCCAGGAGCUGCUGAGCUAGGGGGUGCUGGGUCUGGAGCUGCUGAGCCUGGGGGUGCUGCGUCUGGAGCUGCUGAGCCUGGGGUUUCUCCUGCUGCUGCGUCUCGCCGGGAGCCCCUCUCUCCUCAGGAGCUGCGCGAGUGGUUUGCUUGCCGCUGGAGGCGUGCUGCUGGAGCUGGAGCUUCUUCGACCGUCGAGGGUGCUGGUGCUGCCGGUCCCGGAGCUGCUGGGCCUGCGGGUACUACUGCAGCAGGAGGUGCUGAGGGUGUUGGUGCUGUGACUACUGCUGUCUGUCCCGGCGGUGGUUCUGCUGGUGGUGCUGCUGGAGGUCCUGCAGCUGGAGGUGUUGGAGACGAUGGUGCUGUCGCUGAGGGUGCUGGUACUGUCCCUGCUGAGUCUGGAGCUGCCGCGCGGCCUCGGCCGUACUUCGUUCCGCUCCUGCAGCAGGUUCUUGGUCUUUCUCCUCCGGUAGAGUGUUCACAGCCUGUCCAGUCGCAAUCACUGCUGGAGCCUUCCUCUCCACUGCCUGCUCCCUCUCCUUACACUGGUCCUACUGGAGGUCUUGCUGAGCGUCGUGAGCCUGCGUCUCGUCCUGCGUCGCCUGUUCGUGCUGCUCGCCCUAGUGGUCGCGGUUCGCGUCAGCGUCCUCCUCCUGUCCCUGGCACGCACCGGAUGUCUUUGCGUCCGUCCACUGCUCCUCUGCGUGCCCCUUUGCCCUCUCCUCCUGAGUCCUCUCUUCCUGCACUUGCCGACCCUGAGUCGGACUCCCUUCGUGCUUCUUGUCCUACUGUCACGCGUCUGCUUGCUACUGUCGUCACUGACCCCUCUUUUGAGUCCACUUCUGCGUCUGCUCUUGUCGCUGAGCUCGUCGACUUUGCUGCUCGCUGUCGUCUAGACUACGCUGCUGGUCUUGUUGCUGAGUCUGCGUAUGUCUGUCCUCCGUCCGUCGGGGGUGAGUGUGCUCUUGGCACGGACGUCCUCGAGGAUAGGCAGGAGGAGUUACAGUGUCUGGUUGCUGCUUCACCUCAUCUCGCGUCUGUACUGCUUGCUCCUGAGGGAGACCCGGAUGCACUAGACAUCCCGACUCCGCGCUCUUACGCGGAGGCCGUAGAGGGUCCCUACUCCUCCCAGUGGCAAGCAGCUAUGGAUGCAGAGAUGGCUUCCUGGAAGUCCACAGGCACCUACGUUGACGCAGUUCCCCCUCCUGGGGCGAACAUUGUCAGUGGCAUGUGGAUCUUCAGGGUGAAGCGGCCGCCGGGCUCUCCACCUGUCUUCAAGGCGCGGUACGUUGCUCGUGGCUUCAGUCAGCGGCAGGGAGUUGACUACUUUCAGACCUUCUCCCCCACCCCGAAGAUGACUACUCUUCGGGUAUUGCUGCACAUAGCCGCUCAGCGCGACUACGAGCUUCACUCUCUCGACUUCAGCAUUACGUUCCUGCAGGGUAGCCUGCACGAGGAGAUCUGGCUGCGCCGUCCACCUGGCUUCACUGGAACUUUCCCUCCUGGCACCCAGUGGAGCCUCCGACGGCCAGUCUACGGUCUCCGUCAGGCACCGCGUGAGUGGCACGACACACUGAGGACUACGCUUGCGGCUCUUGGGUUUGCUCCUUCUACUGCUGACCCGUCGCUGUUUCUGCGCACCGACACUUCUCUGCCGCCGUUCUACAUCCUCGUGUACGUCGACGACUUGAUCACUCGGGACAGAGCACGCCGCACCAUCACCUUGACUCAGUCACACAUGGUGCAGCAGGUCCUUCAGCGCUUCGGCUUCACGUACUCCUCGCCUCAGGCCACUCCUCUGUCUACUCGCCACUCGCUCUCAGCUCUGCCUUCGGAUGAGUCCGUAGAGUCGAGUGGCCCGUACCCAGAGCUUGUUGGCUGCCUCAUGUACCUGAUGACCUGCACACGACCUGACCUUGCAUACCCUCUGAGCAUUCUUGCACGCUAUGUUGCUCCUGGGAGACACCGACCAGAGCACAUGGCUGCAGCGAAGAGGGUAUUGCGCUACCUGUGCAGUACGUCGGGCAUGGGGCUAGUGCUUGGAGGGCGGAGUCCAGUGGUCCUUAAAGGGCACGCGGACGCUUCUUGGGCUGACGACCAGGCUACGCAGCGGUCGUCACAGGGUUACACCUUCAGUCUUGGUUCCGGCUCUGUCUCGUGGCGGGCUACUCGUUCGUCUUCGGUUCUCAGCUCCAGUUGUGAGGCUGAGAUCUACGCCAGGGCCAUGGCUGCACAGGAGCUUCGUUGGCUCACCUACCUGCUGACUGACCUUGGAGAGCCGCCUCGUUCUCCUCCAGUGCUGUACGUAGACAACAAGGCCAUGCUGGCCUUGUGUCGAGAGCAGCGUCUGGAGCACAGAAUGAAGCACAUUGCUCUUCGCUACUUCCUUGCUCGUGAGCUACAGCAGCGUGGACAGUUGUGGCUUGCGUACGUGGCCUCUGAGGCCAACACUGCUGAUGUGUUCACCAAGGCACUCGCGCCUUGUGACCAUCAGCGCUUCUGCACCCAGCUGGGUCUUGUGCCUGUCUUGCCUCACUUGCUCUCCUCUUGA